AUGAAACCUACAUCAAUUUCAAAACCACGCUCAAGCAAUCAAACCAUGUCUCAUAAUAAUCAAAAGAAACCGCGUAAACCAAAGAACAAACGACGACAACAGCAACGUUGGCGACGAAAACAUAACAAGCCACUAUUGUGUGAACAACCAACUUAUCCAAGUUUUCCUAAUCAGAACUGGUUCUCAUGGAGAAAUGAAAAUAUAUGUCAACAAAUAUACAAACCAAUAGUUGUAGUAGCUGGUAGUUCAAUGGCGAGUCGUUUGAAUGAGUACAGCUUACAAACAUCAAAAAGCUUAGUAAAACUUACAUAUGAGAGCGGUUGUACUUGCUUUAAGAUGUUGAGCUGGUUAAGAAGUAUAGAAGGUCAGGAAAUGAUGUACGGAGCAAGUCGGAUUAUACUUAUUUUAGGAACGAAUGAUCUUCAUGUCAUGCGCGCAGGAGAAACUGUUCAUCGGAUAAGAGAAACGGUUGAAGCAAUUCGUCUUCUAUAUCCGAGGGUUCAGGUUGUGUGGCAGCUUUUACAAUGGCGUAUGAAAGCUACGCGUUAUCUAUCUGAUGGAAUUGAAGUUCUAAAAGAACUUGAUAAAUGUAACAUCAUGUUAUUAGAGCUGUCGCGCAGAUUAAAUUUUCAAACUAUUGAUCCGCGUCUCACCAAAGAUCAUAUAGGCAAGGAUAAUUUACAUCCAACCUAUGAAGGUUCACGUAUAAUAGAGCAUUCUAUUCGCUUAUUCUUAGAGCGACAGUGA